AUGAAAUAUCUUGAAAUAUAAAAAGUUCCUUAAAAUAUGGGUAUAUUUAUUCAUAGAAUAUAAUUGAGAUUAAAACUCUAAAAAAUUAACCUUAUCUAUAAAUUAAGAACUCAUUACUACCUACUACGGUGAAUUCAAAAGAAGUAUUUACUAAGGUCAAUUCAAACCUUCCCAGUUAAGGGCGAAAACAACAAGAGCAGUUAUAAGAACAGAUAUAUGGGGGAUUUGCGAAAAAGAAUAAAUCAUUAUUGAUUAUAUUAAAAAUAAUAUGUUGAAUUCAAGGUGA